CUGCUCCUUCGCGUCGCACUGCCUCGGCUACCAGCUUCUUCGUCUGCCUUCUCACUCGGAAUCGUGCUCGGGCCUUUUUAACUUUGGCUGUCACCAUCCUCAUCCCAUCUAACUGAUGUUGGGCAAAAAUUCUAUUGCGCGCCUCCAGAUAUGCCCGCAUCUUUUCCUCGUACGGACCGCUCCGCUGUCAUCCUGGUGGGCACCUGUGUCGAGCGCGAUUCGCCCACUUGCUCCGCACUCCGACGGCCGUUUCCCGUGCAAUCGGGACAGGUUGGACUAUAGGUGUCGGGCCUGCCACACCUAUAACAGAAGACGCGCCUUUCCGGUGACAUGCAGUCGCGGAAACUAUGGCCGGCUUGUCUGCAGUUCCAGCAAACUAACGCCUGUUGCGGACGCCUUGCCAAACGCGCCUCUUCAACUACGCCGAAAUCCGCCGACUCCUCGCCGUUAG